UGUAAACACAGCGAAAGGAGAGAUGGAGUCGUCAAGAGGUCUCACCUAAAAAUAUUGCUCCGCUGGAUAACCAGGCCACAGCGUCCGUACAGUAGAUGUCAGGCAUGGGGUUUUAAUCUGCAGGGCUUAAAAUAACCUCCGAGAGUUUUACUGCAAGGAUUAUAUCGCGAUUUUCGCUCCCUUUUCCGUGAAAAUCCAGUCGGGGGGUCUGUGUGUUUUUCACCUAACUAACGUCAACGUUAGCUGGCCAGCUAAACAGGAGGCUGCUUAAAGGAAGACAACACAGGCAGCCUGGCCAGCGGCUCUCUGCUCUCCCAAUCGUCGUGGAUUUUGAUUAACAUCGUGCAGGAGUCUCUCUUCUGAACAUUUAAAUGGGGAACUGUCUCUCCUCCCAAGGUGCCGAUGACUUGUCUCUUCUGAACGAGUCCGAAGGGGCGAGUCUUCCAGGAGAGCCUCCACCACCCUAUCAGGAACGUGUACAGAUUCCCGUGUAUCACCCCACACCCAGUCAGGCUCGGCUGGCCACCCAGCUGACAGAGGAGGAGCAGGUGCGGAUUGCUCAGCGUAUCGGCCUCAUCCAGCACCUCCCCCGCGGGAUCUUUGACCCAGGCUCCGAACCCUCCGACAAGAAGAUCAAAGAGUGUGUGAUCUGCAUGCUGGAUUUCGAGUACGGCGACCCGAUCCGAUUCCUGCCCUGCAUGCACAUCUACCACGUGGACUGCAUUGACACGUGGCUCAUGCGUUCCUUCACCUGCCCGUCCUGCAUGGAGCCUGUGGAUGCAGCGCUGCUGUCCACCUAUGAGACCAACUGAGAAGCACGCCGACACUCACCGGGGAAAUACGCCUGAUACAACAUGCCAGUGCAGUCGGCCAAGAGAUGCGUGCUACACUGGGGAGUAGCAGGUGGCAGCAGUUUGUGUGCCCAUACAAAAAUGUAAUAUAUUGAAAAUAUGUUCCAAUUAAUUUUACUUAUCAUUUGGAGCAUAUUGACUAAAUGUGGCAGUGUGUUCCAUUUUCCUAUGGGAAUGUGUAAGCACAGGGUGAACAUGAGAUACGUCCAAAGGAUACAGGGAAGCGUGCCCUUGAUCAGAGAUGCGAUUUUAACCCAUUUUCAUGAAGUUAAUGUAGCUCAAAUGUGGUGUAUGGGAGCGUAGAACCUGACCGGAUCAGCUGUAAAGGAGAUGAAAUAUUUAAAGGACGUGUUAGUUGAAGGGCAAAUUGUUACAAUUAAGUGUGGAUGGGGUGUGUUUUUUUUUUUUCUUCACUGCACCUCUUUUUUCAUUUUUCCAAAUGUGCAAUACGAAGAAGAAGAAAAAGAAGGAAGAAGAAGAAGCCAGCCUUUUUUUUAAUUGGGCUCUAAUGGGUUUGCUGGGUGUGGGUCUUUAGAUGUUAAGGCUGUGAAAAUCCUGAGGCACAGUGUUCUUUGAUGAAAGCCAGUAGUCAGAGCUGUUUAGUUAGUGAGAAAAUGAAAAUGUGAGACGCUAAAGUGCCAUGGCUGACAUGUCUGUCUCAUCUGUGUAUACAUAUAUUGCACUUCACACUUGAGUCUGCUGCAUUGCAUUUCUCAGUAAGGCACAUUAGACGUGGAUAGUUCCAGCACUGCACAGUGCUGUGUUUUCUUGGCUCUACCUAGGUCUGAACAAUGUAGGGGUGAAGACACGUUGCACUAUUUUGUGAUAAAUAUUACAUUAUGUGGGGAAAAAAUACCAGGCGAACUAUUCAAAAUGAUGCUAGUUAGCACUCUAGCAAUUGAAGGGGUUUGAGUUAGAUGGAGAAUUUAGUCAGGAGUUCUAUUUUCUGGUUCAAUGGACGAAACACAGUUACGUUGGUACAUAUGGCAAUUGCAGUAUGUGUGAAUUUAAAACACAUUACUGAACCCUUAUUGACCAAUUUGACAUGAUUGGUUAAAGCAGUGGUCACCCACCCGCCUCCUGGACAUCUGCUGUCCUGCAAGUUUCACCUCCAUCCCAAUUCAGCUAAUGGAGGACUUUAAGAUGGUUCAGACGGAUUCUUAUUAGAGUUGAUGCUAAAGUCUGCAGUGAAGGCAGAUCUCCAGGAGCAGGGUUGAUGACCACUAGGUUAGAGGCUCAGUUGCAGAUCGCAGCCUUCUGUGAUGUCCUUGUGAAGGCUGAUGUCACCACAACGCAUAAGGAAAGAUAUGUUGUCUGAUUCAGCUCGCCAGCCCGUUAUCAAACCCUCAGUGCUUUCUAAUACGUUCAAGAGCAGGAAACACUAAAUUGUGCAGUUCACAGAAGUGCUUCUCUAGUGAACACCAACAUGUACUUUGCACCAGACAUGGAAAGCCACCACUAUUUUGAAGGACAGUGAUCCUUAACCUUUUUUUUUUUUUUGGUUUUCUUUGGUGGAUUGUGGAAUCCGUUGCUGCUGUUUCUUGGCUCUCGGAGUAGAAGAUGCUCUUUUUGUGCUGAUCUAGGACCAGCUUAAAGGGUCUCUGAAGGAUAUUCCAGUGUUUUUAACCUAAUCUCAGCUUGAGGUGUCUGUGUGAUUAUCAGUAAUUUGAAUGAAUCUUCCUGUAGUUUAAAAAACAAACAAAAAAACAAACAACAGCAGAAAAUCUAUUGACUUAAAACUUGCUUACAGUGGGCAGUUGCUGAAUUCUGUGUUUAAAUGUAUGAAACUGUAUAAAGCAAAUUUGAAACUUUUAACUGUUACAGCUCUCAGGAUGCGUCAGACAUGAGAGAAUGUCUUAAUAAACCGUUCUUAUGAACUUUUAUCCAACUUUCAAACACUUGAGUGAAAAAUAAGGUUACUUGUACUUUCACCAUUCUGCUGUGCAUUGGUUCUAUGAAAACUCUGUGUGCACCACUAUGCUGGUAACAAAUGAACACAGAUUAUUCCUUCUGGAAGAAUAGAGCCAGUAAUAGAUACCUGCACCUUAAUUGACGAUUACUUUUGACUGAAGAAUUCAAAGUGAAAGUGAAAGUCAUGACUGAGUUCAGCUCACUGCCCUUUGUCCUCUGUUAUGACUGAGUUUUCAGUGCACUGUUUCUCUGUACAGUUAAACUAAUUAAAAUUAGUAUCCGUGGUAAUUAACUGCUCACUACAAACGCAGCAAACUGAGAUUAUGUUGAGACUACAGAACAGCAAACCGCUGAAACUGACCUCAGAUCAGCAUUAAAGAGCAUUUUCCUUCCAAAGCUGUUUUCUCAUGUUUUUUGCCUUUACAUAUAUACCGUACUGUAUGUCUCUUUAUCCAAUCCGCUUUGCCUUGACCUUGUGCGCUGUUGAAGUAGAACAUCGGGGUGUAGUGUUGUGUUUUUGUUUUUUCUUCAUGUGAUCAUAUGUGAUCUUAAAGGAAUAUUCCAUAGAUUUUUCUAGGUUUCUGCAUAGUUCAAUUGUUGAGAUGUAAACAAAAUAGUUCAGAGUGGCUUCAUGUGAAAAGGUGAGUUUGUAGAAAGACUUACCAGCUUGGUUUCUUUAUAAUGGUGAUGAUCGGAACCAGCAGUCCAGUAAAGCCACAAUGCAAAUACAGGCAUUUCAUUUACUGUUUAUCUGUGACUAGCAAGCCUGCAAGUGUCUUAAGUUUUAGAUGUAAGGUUGAAAUGGUAAAAUAGUGGUAGGUCAGAAAAUAAGUCUUUUUUUAGUGCAACUGCAUCUCAAAGCUGUGAUAAAACAGUGCAUCACACCACCGGUAGCAUAUUCGCAACCGUUUUGUGUAAUAGCUUCCUGCAAGAUAGCUUUCAGGAUCAUUAAAUGAGUCGGACGUCUGGUUCCUAUCACCACUGUUGCGAACAAUUCUGACCCUGUAAGCUUCUCUAGAACUGAGAAUUUCACACCAAACCAGCCUGAAUGACUUAUUUUAUUUGCCAAUGAUUUAAUUAUGGAGAACUUUUUUUUAAAUCUGCGAAAUUUCCCUUUAAGUUACCUUGAGAGAUGUUAUGAGGAUUCUUUUGCCUUUGUGCACCUUUUCUUAAUUUCCUUGGCCAACCAAAAGCCGACGUCUAGAGAUAAAGCUUUAACGUAAUUCUCCUUCCUUUUUUGUAAUGUUUUUGGAAAAAAAAAGAUAAAAAAGAAAGAAAAAGAAGACCGACCAGUGUCAUGCGCUUUAGUUCCCGUGUUCUGGUUUUGAUACUGCUUGUUGUAAUGUCUUUUCUAUGUGUCGGCAAAACAAAAGAGGGAAAAAAGCAAAAAGAAAUACAAUUUUCUGUCGUCUGUCACACUAUCAGACAUCUAUGCUGAAAGCGGAAGAAUCGUGUCUUUCCUUUUUAAGUAUAGGGCUGAGUUAAUCAGGUUAAUCUGACUGAACUGUGUCACCUAAGCACUAAUGUACAGAAUUCCAGAAUGUGAAGGCCUGUAUUCAUAAAUCUCGUAGAGCUGAUCCAGGGUCAGAUACUUUCCUGCAUGUAUUGCCUUUGGCCACAAUGAUGUGAAAUAGCAAACCUGAUGCAGAAACGGCGCCCCCCUGAGGAGGAUUUUAUGAGCACAGUGCCUCAAUUCAGCCUAAGAAUGCUGUGUUUAGAUAAGGCGACGUUUAGACAGCAGGAAUAUGAUGAAGUGUCUAUUCUGGGGCUGUUUUUUUUUUUUUUUUUUUUUUUUUUUUAGGCAGGAAAAGAUAUAUAUGUUUAACAUGGAUAUGUGUAAAAAAUGGCAAUCUGUCUAAACGUAGCCUGAACAUUUGUAGGAUGUGUAAAUUACUCUUGUUUGACAGUCAUUUAAGGUUGAAUAUGUUUAGAAAUGUAGCUCUAGAAUUUAGUUUUUCCCUUUUUUUUCCAAUGCAAGAUGACAAAACAGUGAUUCAGUGAACUCCUGUGAAGUACAAUCAUCGUUCGUGACUUUGUCUUUUUCUUUCCAUCUGAAUAUUGACAUGGUUUGUUUGGUGCCACCUGCCAGUGGUCAGUUCGCUGCAGUUACGUUAGUGUUGAUUAUGGCCGGCAUUCCUCGGAAUGUCGGAUAGGGGUUUAAAUUAGUGUGCGUUUUGUAUGUGUGCAAGGAUGGCACAGCUUUUAGGACUAUUACAGACAGCAUAAUAAAAAAGUAAAUAAAUAAAUAAAUGAAUUAAUAAAUGCCAAACUCUUCCAGAUUUCA